GAAGCUGCACAUCGCGGCGGACCCUCAGAGCCAGAGGCAGCAGCUGCAUCUCCUCCUUCACCUCCUCCUCCUCGUCCGCUACUCUGCUCCAGCACCACCGGGGCGACCUGACCAGUGGGGUGGGGGUUCGGUGGUGCAACAUGCACCGCUGAACAGUUCCAGUCGGGCCCUGCGCACGUUCUUCAAACUCUUGGCGGGAUUUACGCGGACGAACGGACGGAGACGGAGUCGGGGUGGAUCCGGCGCGCGGGGAGCCGUGAGUUGGAGUUGGUAAACUGGAAAACUUCACAUCUGGAGCAGAUUCUUUUUGUGUUCUGAGCAACGCGCUCCGGUGGAGGGGCUCACCGCGGGCAUUGUCCUCAUCCUCAUCCUCAUCCGCCGCUGCGCACCGUGACGCGCGCCGGACCCCCGACUGUUUCUCCCGUCGAGUCCGGGGGAGGGAAACAAAAAAAAAAACCCUCAGUGCUUCUUGAGUUUUCUCCUCCACGCUGGAUUUAUCACCCCAGGCCCGUGCGCGGUCUCACGUCCCGGGGAUGCCACCCGUCUCACGCCCCCGUCCUCCUCUGGGUCGGAUUGGGAUGGACGUCGCGCCGUGAGGAGGCAACCAUCUUCCGGAUAACCACAGUUUGGACCUCUUUUUUCGGCUCCCUCAUGCAGCUCCUCCGGCCGGCCUGGGCUCUGACUGCCGCUGCGCUCUGCUUCCUGCUCCUCCUGCUCCUCCACGACCACAUCCUGAGAGAAGGUCAGCUGGCGGCGGGGACCUGUGAAAUUGUCACUCUGGACCGGGACAGCAGCCAGCCGAGGAGGACCAUCGCCCGACAGACAGCCCGCUGCGCCUGCAGGAAGGGAGAGAUCGCCGGGACGACACGAGCCAGACCAGCCUGUGUCAACGUUCGUAUUGUCAGGAGUCGACAGUGGUGUGAGAUGAGCCCUUGUUUGGACGAUGAAGGUUGCGAUCUCCUGGUCAACCAGUCGGGCUGGACCUGCACACAACCAGGAGGCCGAGUCAAGACCACCACGGUCUCCUGACAGCGGCGGCAAUGACAGACGCUCCCCAUAGAAACAUUGGCAUCCAUCGUCUAUCACCGGCCGCCCCUGAGCCGAGCGUCUGCUCCUGCUGAUGACCCAUCAACAGCCACUAUCAGGACGUCUGCGCUUGUUGCUUCAGUCAUGGGUGGACUGUGGAAAACUGCUGCCCGGAAGAGUAUUUUCUGGGAAGAGUUAGACUUCCGGGAGAUUCGAAUAGUGGCGUAUGGCGAAGCUUCUGGAUAGAUUUCCUCUGUUUGGCACCAAAGUCUGUUUCGCUUUAACAGACCCAAGAUGCGCAGAGCGACAGCAGUGAGACGUUUCAUGGGGAUGGGGACUCACAGAACUUCCCCACAGUACCCGACUCAUGUAAAGAAAUGAACACAUUGUGAUAUAUAAGUGACUUCACAGAGGCAGAGUGAUACGGCAUACGAGUUGAUAAAACAUGUAACUGUAUGAGGAGAAGUUGUUGAUGUUUCUGUUGGCACAGUCCAUCUGUUUAUGUACUGAACAUCAGACUGGUGGAGAAGGUAAACACAUCAUAUCAGGCUUUUUUGGAUAAGAACAUAAAACUUUGUGCACUUCUGGCAGAACCGUUUCAAACAUGAACUAAUUUAAUCAGGGCAGGAAGAACAUGGUAACCAUGGGAACGUAGUCUGAUAGAAAAAUAUGUGAAUGCAUACAGAUUAAACAGAUAUGAACCUCAGACGUCAAAAUGUGACAAGUAAAUUUUGAGCCCAUUUUGAUUAAUCUCUUUUCCAUAGAUUAUCUGAGGUUUUAUUUAUACAGCCAUUUAGCUGAUAACCAAAACAGCUGACGAACGAGCCACCGAUGGUGAAACAUGAAUCACACAGUCACAAUAAAAUGAAAUGCUCAUUAUUGAUUUGAUCAGUAUAGAUAAAACAGAUAUUUAUUUUACUACAGCAGCAGCACGACUCAGCAGCACAUCGUGUUUAAAUACGAGGCUAUUUAAAAAGGUGUGUCAGUGGGAAAAGUCUGCACACUGACUACAAGCCGCUAUAUUUAUUAUAAAAAGACAAUGUCUUUAAAAAUACAUAUAGUAUAUGUGCAAUGGUGGAGAAUAUAAGAUGACAACAAGAAGAUGACCCUUAAAGCUACAGUGUGUAAUAUUUAGAAGAACACAUUCACAGAAAUUGAAUAUAUUGUAAUAUAUGUAUACUCACCUGCAACAAAGAACCAUUGUUUUCGUCAACUUUGAAUGAGCUCCAAGUAAUUCACCAUGUUUGCUAUGUCGUGUUGAAUACGAUUGCACAAAAUGGUCCAGAAUCCGUUUUAUAUGCGUUGAAAUUUUCAGCGCUGCUGGAAAACGGAAAUUCGAUCAGCGGUGUGCCACCAUAAAGUGUCCCUGUCUGUUGUUCACUUGGUUUGCAGGUUUAGCACCAGAUGCUACCAUGAAAUUACAAAAAUGUCACACUGGGGCUUUAAAUGAAACUGAAUUCCCCCCCCCCCCCAAAAAAAGUAAUAUUCCUGCUCCUGAACAUUUAGUUUUGUGCCAAUCAGUAGGUGUGGGUGAAGUAACUGGACUCCAAAUGGACUCACAAAUACCCCAAAUUUUUUUUUGUAAUAAUGGAAAUUUAUGACGUUAUGUUGACAGAAUGACAAAUGGUUCAAAACUCAACCACAAGGUCACACUGCAGCCCUCAGACAGUGUACACAUACAAAAAUAAUAUAGUAUUGCAUGGUUCUACAGUAGCCUAUGGACGAAUCCAACAAGUCCUCCAACUCAUACGACGAACUCUGUCGUAUGUGGUAAAUACCUUGACCGUUUCCAAUAACAGCGCCUCUACUGGUGGUAGGAGGUACUCCACAAAUACUUUUUGCCUCAGAGCAUCGUGGGUUUUAGACGCGAAAUGAGCUUUUUAAGUUAAGGGUGAUGGUUAGGAUGACAUGGCAGAGAAUCAUUUCAAUAACAGAAUAUAAGGAAAUCCAUUUACAUACAAACUUGACGGACUUACCUGGUCCAAAGCUGACCUCUAGCGGCCGUGUACAUAACUACUGCUAGAGUACAAAUACGUCGUAAAACACUGUUUAAAAAAACAACAGUGUUCGUCGUGCGAGUUGGGGGACAGGCUUGACAAAUCAUACACUGGAAGGAGAGUGUGAGCUGAGAGGAUAUCACUUGGUUGCAAUCUGCAACCCUGCCUCUAGAUGCCACUAAAUUCUACACACCUAACCUUUGAUACUGGUGAAGUAUCUUGUAUUAAGUAUUAUUGUUAUACUUGGUACCCUACCACCUGCAGACUAACGUUAGUGGAGCAGAGAACAAACUGCAGCAACAAUAAAUGAACCUGGCUGACCAACACACACUGCACCACUUUACAAAAUGUCCAACAACUCUGGAUGAACUCUGGUCUCAGGUGUAGAAAACAAUUCUCUCCAUAGUCCGUGUCCUUUUAACGGAUUCACCCGCACUGCUCCAGAGAGGCAGUUGUCCACCACAAGUUACAAACACAACAGGGAAGAAGCCUGUAAGAAAUAAGUUAAAAUGAGCUUAAAUAAAAAAGCUGGAUACUCCUGCGCUCCUUUCUAGGUUUUUCUCUGCGAGUCACUGGUCCUCAUCAUUAGUAUUAGAACUGUUUCAUUAGCAGCUCAGUCUGUAAAGUAGUCAGGGGCUUGUGUCAAAGUGCACUGGAGCAAGAAUCAAGAAUCGUUUGGAUGGAAAAAUGAGUCUGAAUGGAAUCGAGACAGUAGGAAUGGAAUAAAAUCAAAGUAUGAGUUUCCCACCCCUUCAAUUAAACAUUAGAUAUUAGCAUAAUAACAUGCUAUACAUUAGAGUGAAUAAUUCACCUACUUAGCAUUAGCAUACAGGUACACCUGUCCGUAAAUACAGUAUCACAGAGACACAAGCACGGGUGUAGACGAAAUGAGCAACUAUACAUUGAUGGAACAAUUGAAGUAAUUUUAAAACUACAAAACCUCCUUCCUCCUUCCCUAAACCCUCCUCCAAGAACAGUCAUUUAUUCAUCAGAAAAGUUCCCUGUGGAGCAGUGGACUAGGGAUAAAGUUUAUCUCGACUCAAAAUAAUGUUUUUCUUCUUGUUACUUCAGUUGCAUGUUUGAGCUUCUCUGUGCAGUAUGAUGUAUUUGCAGAGUUUGGCAUUGCAAGGCAGUUUUCACAUUUAUCUUCCGAAAGUGGAAAGUCUCAGUCUGAAAGUCAUUGUGCUCGUAAAACACAACUAGUUUGGAAACAGAUCCUGCUCCAGUGUGCAGCUUCCACAAAUGUAAUGUGGAAUGUGAAAAAUCCAGUGCACAGACAUACACUGAGAAUUGACUUUGCAGUGAAGUUGUAGACAUCUUGUGUCCAAUGAUUCAACUUUUAAAAAUGAAAAUAUUUACAUAUUCAUAGAAGGAAUUUUUUUUUUCUGCUGGAAAACGUCAUGUAUAUUGUUCUACGCAGGCAUGCUGUUUAAUGUCUGCCAGGCCACCGUGUGCCACAGAAAAAACACUCCACGACAGACCUUGCAGUGGGCUUUGUGCUAAUUUUCACUGACAAUGUCCAGCCAAGUAUUUUAUUUCUGUAAACACUUUCGCUUCACUGGUGCCUGUUUGGGGCCGACAUUUCCCGCCUGCAUUCUGGGAAUAAGACCCGCCCUACUCUGACUCUGACUGGCUCUGUGUCUAAACUUAACCAAUCAGAGGCACAGUAGAAAUUACGGAACAAAUCACCAUUCCUAAUUUUUGUGGAUGGGUGUCAACACUAGCAGCACCUCCCAAUGUACAGAUGAUUUACACUAUAUCCAACUUUGAAAUAUUCUUCAAGAUGUUUGUUUUUGGUGUGUAAAGUUUCCACUUCUUAUCAAAAAAAAUGCUGAAUCCUAAACUGAGGAUUCCCCUUCUCCACCAGACUGCAUUUUACAUUUUCCAGUGCCAUAUUUGAACAAAUGCAUUCAAGCAUGGCAGGUUUUACUGAAACAACGAGCAAACCAUUUCACACUAGAAAACCAAGCUGUUGUGUCUGUUUGGGGGUGGGUAAAGAAACAUUAAAUGUAUUUUCAAAAGCUUAAAGUUCUAUAUUUAACAAAUGUAUAUGUUGUAUCUUUGUAGGAAACCUUAUUCGCAAUGAUGUUGCACAUCACACACUGGAUUCGCAGCAGCCUGCAGCACAUGGAGCAUUUUUGCUGUUCAAAGCUCACUGGUGAUUUCUGACAGGGUUUCAGCAGGGAUGGGGGGCAUUAUGAUUCCACUCUCUGACAAGUUCCUUCCUAAAAAACAAAAGGUAGAAUGAGAAAUUAAGUGUCAUGUUGGAGGAGGAUGAACACCAAUCAAAGGGAUUUUUUCAACUGUAAAGCAUUAGUAAA